GUAAGGGGCGGGGCCAACGUUCUGCUGCAGCUGUCCAUGGUUGGAAUAGGAGCCACACACACACACUGAAAAUCCGCGUAGAGAUGCAGCCAUAGUCACGAGACACCGACCGUAUUUCCUUCGUCGAUACCCGACCACCGCUGGUUGUCCUUCUCACACUUUGGUUUCGUGGAAGCCUGUGGACGUGAGGCAUCAUGGCUGAGCAUCAGAGGCAGCGCUCUCUGUCCACUGCUGGUGAGUCUCUCUACCAUGUGCUUGGAGUGGAAAAACUUGCCACGAAUGAUGACAUCAAGCGAUCCUACAGGAAACUGGCUUUGAAGUUUCACCCGGACAAGAAUCCUGACAAUCCAGAAGCGGCAGAUAAGUUCAAGGAGAUAAACAAUGCCCACGCCAUUCUCAAUGAUCCCACGAAGCGCAACAUUUACGACAAAUACGGCUCGUUGGGACUGUACGUGGCUGAGCAGUUUGGAGAGGAGAACGUCAACACUUAUUUUGUCCUUUCCAGCUGGUGGGCAAAGGCGCUGUUUGUGUUUUGCGGCCUGGCCACUGGCUGCUACUUCUGCUGCUGCCUGUGCUGCUGCUGCAACUGCUGCUGCGGAAGAUGUAAACCUCGGCCUCGGGAGGGCCAGGAACAGGAUUUUUACGUGUCCCCGGAGGACCUGGAAGCCCAGUUGCAAUCUGAUGAGAGAGAGGUGGGAGGCGAGCCCAUCAUGCUUCAGCCCACAGCCACAGAGACCACCCAGCUGACGUCGGACGGCCACUACUCUUACCACACCGACACCGGCUUCAACUAAGCGGCCGCACCCGUCCGUCCGUCUGUCCCUCCUCACCUCUGUCCCACCUGCUCCCCUGCGCCACCUCCAUGACGGGAAAGAGUCCAUCUUUCACAAGGAAGGCCCAUGCAGAGGACAGGGACUAGUCAGCAUGGUCCAUCAAAGGAACUACUCAUCCCUUACACCCCCUCCCGUCCCCAAACUCCCUAUUUAUUUGCCCAGAGUAUGACAAGAAAUCAUAUUUUCAUUUCUUUUCUAAUUCCUCCCCGCGUCCCACUAAUCCCGCAUUGUGUGUUGUUGUGUAGCAUGCAGCAUAAUUCCUCUCUGGCAACAUUUUGACUCUCUCCGUGCAAUUAUGUCUACGUGAGUACGGAGUGCGAUUUGAGAGCGGUGUGGCUCUCCGUGGCAUUGGGCUUACAAACCGAUUGUCAAGCAGCGGAAAAAAUGUGGCUGCCGUCGUGAAUUCACUCUCA